CGAAAGGGUAAUUUGCUCAAGGUGAUACACCUCGACCUUGCCAUCUCAUAAAUGCAGUUCUCCUACUAUACGUAUCUAAAAGCCUCUAUACCUCAUACAAGUCCACAGAAACUAUGGCGACCAACGAGCUCUUCCAAUAUUCUAUUGUCUCCGCCCUCAUGGACGGCGUUGCUUCCACCGGCUUGCCUAUCAACACCCUCUUGUCCCAUGGCGACCACGGCCUGGGCACCUUUCGCUACAUAGUGGGCGAGAUGAUCAUCCUCGAUGGCCAACUAUACCAGAUGAAGUCCGACGGAUCCGUGUUGAGUAUCGAACCUUCCAACAGUCAAGAUAUCGUCGCCCCUUUCGCCAUGGUCACUCACUUCCAGCCCACAGCCGCCGUCAAAUCCAGUAUAUCCAGCAAAUCAGAGCUUUUCGACCUCCUCACAGAUCUACUUCCAUCUGCGCGCAACCAUUACAUCGCCAUGCGUAUCGACGGCGUCUUCAAAGCCAUGACAGUCCGUACCGUUGGAGGCCAGCAGAGCCCAGGCGAGGGGCUUGCUGAAGUGGGCAAGCACCAAGUCUCACAUAACUUCAAGGAACCGACAAGCGGGACCAUUAUUGGAUUCAGAUCUCCAGAGUACAUGCAGGGUAUCAGCGUGGCAGGGGACCAUCUGCAUUUCAUCAGUGCGGACCGGAAAAAGGGCGGACACCUGCUAGCUUUGGAAUCGGAUGGGGAAGUGGAGAUUCAGACGGCGGAUAUCUCAACUGUGCGACUGGAAUUGCCGUGCCAUGAUGCUGAGUUUGAUAAGGCGAAGUUAAAAGGAGACAGGGAGAGGAUUAUGGCUGUGGAGGGGUAACUUGCACCCCAAUGCGUUGGACGGCUGGACGUUGAUCUCAGACAGGCAUAUAUAUAUAGAAUAAAAGAAAAGGUAUGCAUUAACUAGGGUAAUGUAUUGUCAUGAUGCAUUCAUUCGAAUACCAC